AUGUCCCCAAACAGCGCCCACGCCACAUCCCUCGCCUCGCUGGACACAACGUCCACACUCGCGGAUUUACACGUCCUGGACAGGUCAAUCGCGCGGCUCUACCACUGGCUCAAAGUAACUAGCCCCCUCGCAUCCGACGCGCCUCCCAAACUCAAGGGCAGGGCACAGCGGAAGCUUAUCGCUAUAAGCAAUAUGCACGCCCAGAAAGAGAGUAAGCGGGAUCAGGUACGUACCGAGUUGUUCGGCGCUGCGAGCGGCCACGAUGGCCAUGUCACCGAGUCUGGUGUCGGGGAAGAUGGUCAGUCCAGCGACGACGACAGUGGCGCCAGCAGCGACGAUGACAGCGGCGCCAGACAGCAACACACACAAGACCAACUUCUGCCCGUUCGCCGACGUGUCUCGCCGCCACUCGAGCACUGCGAAUAUCGCGUCAUGAGCCCCCCGCCAACUUUCCCGCAGAACUGGGCUCUAGCUCGCUCAAGUCUGGGGCAGCCGUCGCAUGUCCCCAAACACAGCGGCCAAGCACCCAGAAACGACGAUGCUCGACAAUCAGCUCGUACAGAGGUAUCCACCAUUGGCCAGUUUGCGUCGAGCAGACAAACAACGAAUACAGCCAGACAAGGCGCCGCCUUGUGUCGCAACAACCACCUCCGAUACGGCGCACCUUCGGGCCGCGCUGACCACGUCUCAGCUCCAACUGCAACGACUGGCCAUCGUACGCUCCCUCGUGGUCAGCUCUGUACACACGCAGCUGUGACGGAUAAUCAGAGGGGAAAGAAGAUAGCACUGGAAGUCAAGGAAGUCGAGGAAGAGGAGGUCAAAGAAGAGCUCCGGAAGAGGCACGCUGCGAACAAGAAGAACGCUGCUGUCCACCGCAGCAAGCACGACGAUGAAGAGCUUGUCCCUGAGAGACCCAGGCCUAAGCGCAGCAGGUGCAACCCAGUCCGCCUGUCCUUCUGCUACCCGUCUCGUCACGUGGAGAACCGUGACCAAGUCCACGCGGCAGAUGUUGCCAACAUGCCAACAGCUGCGCCCACCGUGGUUGUUGCUCCCCUUGCCCCUGCAACAGCUGCACCGGUUGCCGCGCCAGGGCUUGCCGUCAUCACGCCGACCGCACAGCUGGCUUGA